UGGCAACUAGAUUGUCUUGCUUGCUUGCUGAAAUUAAUCUGCCAGUUUGCAGUAGAUCCAUCUGAUUUGGAUUUAGCUUAUCAUGAUGUCUUUGCCUGGUCUGGCAUAGCUGAAAGCCACAGAAAAAGAACCUGGCCUGGAAAAUCAAGAAAGGCUGCUGGUGAUCAUGCCAAGAGUCUUCACAUACCACGAUUAACAGAGGUGUUUCUUGUGCUUGUCCAAGGAACCAGUUUGAUUCAACGACUUAUGUCUGUUGCUUAUACAUAUGAUAAUCUGGCUCCUAGAGUUUUGAAAGCUCAGUCUGAUCACAGGUCCAGACAUGAAGUUUCACAUUAUUCAAUGUGGCUCUUGGUGAGCUGGGCUCAUUGCUGCUCUUUAGUGAAAUCUAGCCUUGCUGAUAGUGAUCAUUUACAAGAUUGGCUAAAGAAAUUGACCCUCCUUAUUCCUGAGACUGCAGUUCGCCAUGAAUCUUGCAAUGGUCUCUAUAAGUUAUCUCUGUCAGGCCUAGAUGGAGGAGACUCAAUUCAUCGAUCUUUUCUUCUUUUGGCUGCCUCAACCUUGUUGAAAUUCCUUCCUGAUGCUCAAGCACUGAAACCUCUAAGGAUAGAUGAUUAUGAAGAAGAACCAAUGUUAAAACCUGGAUGUAAAGAAUAUUUUUGGUUGCUAUGCAAAUUAGUGGACAACAUACAUAUAAAGGAUGCUAGCCAGACAACACUCCUCGAUUUAGAUGCUUUGGCAAGACAUUUGGCUGACUGCAUUCGCAGUAGGGAGAUUCUUGAUCACCUAGAUGGUAAUAUAGAAGAUGAUGGGCUUUCGGGACUUCUAAGGCUUGCAACAAGUGUUAUUAAACACAAACCACCCUUCAAGUUUUCAAGAGAAGGACAGGAAUUUUUAAGAGAUAUCUUCAAUCUUCUGUUUUUGUUGCCCAGUCUAAAGGACCGGCGGCAGCCAAAGUGCAAAUCACACUCUUCAAGGGCCGCUGCAUAUGAUUUGUUGGUAGAGAUGGUAAAAGGGUCUGUUGAGAACUACAGGCUGAUACACAACUGGGUUAUGGCACAGCACAUGCAGUCCCAUGCACCUUAUAAAUGGGACUACUGGCCUCAUGAGGAUGUGCGUGCAGAAUGCCGAUUUGUUGGCUUGACUAACCUUGGAGCUACAUGUUAUUUGGCUUCCACUAUUCAGCAACUUUAUAUGAUACCUGAGGCAAGGCAAGCUGUCUUCACUGCUAAGUAUUCAGAAGAUAUGAAGCAUAAAACCACUCUUUUGGAGCUUCAGAAAAUGUUUACAUAUUUAAUGGAGAGUGAGUGCAAAGCUUAUAACCCUAGACCUUUUUGUAAAACAUAUACCAUGGACAAGCAGCCUCUUAAUACUGGGGAGCAAAAAGAUAUGACAGAGUUUUUUACUGAUCUGAUUACUAAAGUUGAAGAGAUGUCUCCAGAACUGAAAAAUACUGUCAAAAGUCUAUUUGGAGGUGUGAUUACAAACAAUGUUGUGUCCUUGGAUUGUGAACAUGUUAGUCAGACUGCUGAAGAGUUUUAUACUGUGAGGUGCCAGGUGGCAGAUAUGAAGAAUAUUUAUGAAUCUCUUGAUGAAGUCACUAUUAAAGACACCUUAGAAGGGGACAACAUGUACACUUGUUCUCAUUGUGGAAAGAAAGUCAGAGCUGAAAAAAGGGCAUGUUUUAAGAAAUUACCUCGUAUUCUGAGUUUCAAUACUAUGAGAUAUACAUUUAAUAUGGUUACAAUGAUGAAAGAGAAAGUGAAUACACACUUUUCCUUCCCUUUACGUUUGGAUAUGACACCCUAUACAGAAGAUUUUCUAAUGGGAAAGAGUGACAGGAAAGAAGGUUUUAAAGAAGUUAUUGACCAUUCAGAAGACACAGAGAGCUAUGAGUAUGACUUGAUUGGAGUAACUGUUCAUACAGGAACAGCAGAUGGUGGGCACUAUUAUAGUUUCAUCAGAGAUAUAGUCAAUCCACAUGCUUAUAAAAACAAUAAGUGGUAUCUUUUUAAUGAUGCUGAGGUAAAACCUUUUGAUUCUGCUCAGCUUGCCUCUGAAUGCUUUGGUGGUGAGAUGACAACAAAAACCUAUGAUUCAGUUACAGAUAAAUUUAUGGAUUUCUCCUUUGAAAAGACACAUAGUGCAUAUAUGCUGUUUUACAAACGCAUGGAACCUGAAGAAGAAAAUGGCAGAGAAUACAAAUUUGAUGUUUCAUCAGAGUUACUAGAGUGGAUUUGGCAUGACAACAUGCAAUUUUUACAAGACAAAAACAUUUUUGAACACACUUAUUUUGGGUUUAUGUGGCAGCUCUGCAGUUGUAUUCCAAGUACAUUACCAGAUCCUAAAGCUGUGUCCCUAAUGACAGCAAAGCUAAGUACUUCCUUUGUUUUAGAGACAUUUAUUCAUUCAAAAGAGAAGCCAACAAUGCUUCAGUGGAUUGAGCUACUGACCAAACAGUUUAAUAAUAGUCAAGCAGCCUGUGAGUGGUUUUUAGACCGAAUGGCUGAUGAUGACUGGUGGCCAAUGCAGAUACUAAUUAAAUGUCCUAAUCAAAUUGUGAGACAGAUGUUUCAGCGUUUAUGUAUCCAUGUGAUUCAGAGAUUGAGACCUGUGCAUGCUCAUCUCUAUCUACAACCAGGAAUGGAAGACGGGUCAGAUGAUAUGGAUGCCUCAGUAGAAGAUAUUGGCGGUCGUUCAUGUGUCACUCGAUUUGUUAGAACUCUGUUGUUAAUUAUGGAACAUGGUGUAAAACCUCACAGCAAACAUCUUACAGAGUAUUUUGCUUUCCUUUAUGAAUUUGCCAAGAUGGGUGAAGAAGAGAGCCAGUUUCUGCUUUCAUUGCAAGCCAUAUCUACAAUGGUACAUUUCUAUAUGGGAACCAAAGGACCUGAAAAUCCUCAAGUUGAAGUCUUAUCAGAGGAAGAAGGGGAAGAAGAGGAAGAAGAAGAAGAUAUACUCUCUCUGGCAGAAGAAAAAUACAGACCUGCUGCCCUUGAAAAGAUGAUAGCUUUAGUUGCUCUUUUGGUUGAACAGUCUCGCUCAGAAAGGCAUUUGACAUUGUCACAGACUGACAUGGCUGCAUUAACAGGAGGAAAGGGAUUUCCCUUCUUAUUUCAACAUAUUCGUGAUGGCAUCAAUAUAAGACAAACUUGUAAUCUCAUUUUCAGCCUGUGUCGAUACAAUAAUCGACUUGCAGAACAUAUUGUAUCUAUGCUUUUCACUUCAAUAGCAAAGUUGACACCUGAGGCAGCCAAUCCUUUCUUUAAAUUGUUGACCAUGCUAAUGGAAUUUGCUGGUGGACCUCCAGGAAUGCCUCCCUUUGCCUCUUAUAUUCUGCAGAGGAUAUGGGAGGUUAUUGAAUACAAUCCUUCUCAGUGUCUGGACUGGUUGGCAGUGCAGACACCCCGAAAUAAGCUGGCACACAGCUGGGUCCUUCAGAAUAUGGAAAAUUGGGUCGAACGGUUUCUUUUGGCUCACAAUUAUCCUAGAGUCAGGACUUCUGCAGCUUAUCUUCUGGUGUCCCUUAUACCAAGCAAUUCAUUCCGCCAGAUGUUCCGGUCAACAAGGUCUUUGCACAUCCCAACCCGUGACCUUCCACUCAGUCCAGACACGACAGUAGUCCUACAUCAGGUCUACAACGUGCUCCUUGGUUUGCUCUCAAGAGCCAAACUUUAUGUUGAUGCUGCUGUUCAUGGCACUACAAAGCUAGUGCCCUAUUUUAGCUUUAUGACUUACUGUUUAAUUUCCAAAACUGAGAAGCUGAUGUUUUCCACAUAUUUCAUGGAUUUGUGGAACCUUUUCCAGCCUAAACUUUCUGAGCCAGCAAUAGCUACAAAUCACAAUAAACAGGCUUUGCUUUCAUUUUGGUACAAUGUGUGUGCUGACUGUCCAGAGAAUAUCCGCCUUAUUGUUCAAAACCCAGUGGUAACCAAGAACAUUGCCUUCAAUUACAUCCUUGCUGACCAUGAUGAUCAGGAUGUGGUGCUUUUUAACCGUGGGAUGCUGCCUGCCUACUAUGGCAUUCUGAGGCUCUGCUGUGAGCAAUCGCCUGCAUUCACUCGACAACUGGCUUCUCACCAGAACAUCCAGUGGGCCUUUAAGAAUCUUACACCACAUGCCAGCCAAUACCCUGGAGCUGUGGAAGAACUGUUUAACUUAAUGCAGCUGUUUAUAGCUCAGAGGCCAGACAUGCGAGAAGAAGAAUUAGAAGAUAUUAAACAGUUUAAGAAAACAACUAUAAGCUGUUAUUUACGCUGCUUAGAUGGUCGUUCUUGUUGGACUACUUUAAUAAGUGCCUUCAGAAUACUGUUAGAGUCUGAUGAAGACAGACUUCUUGUGGUAUUUAAUCGAGGGUUAAUCCUGAUGACUGAGUCCUUCAACACACUGCACAUGAUGUAUCAUGAAGCUACAGCUUGCCAUGUGACUGGAGACUUAGUAGAACUUCUGUCAAUAUUCCUUUCGGUCUUGAAGUCUACACGCCCAUAUCUUCAGAGAAAAGAUGUGAAGCAAGCAUUAAUCCAGUGGCAGGAGAGAAUUGAAUUUGCCCAUAAACUUCUAACCCUUCUUAAUUCCUACAGCCCUCCAGAACUAAGAAAUGCUUGCAUAGAUGUACUCAAGGAACUUGUGCUUUUGAGUCCCCAUGAUUUUCUUCAUACUCUGGUUCCCUUCCUACAACACAACCAUUGUACUUACCAUCACAGUAAUAUACCAAUGUCUCUUGGACCUUAUUUCCCUUGUCGAGAAAAUAUCAAGCUAAUAGGAGGGAAAAGCAAUAUUCGGCCUCCGCGCCCUGAACUCAAUAUGUGCCUCUUGCCCACAAUGGUGGAAACCAGUAAGGGCAAAGAUGACGUUUAUGAUCGUAUGCUGCUAGACUACUUCUUUUCUUAUCAUCAGUUCAUCCAUCUAUUAUGCCGAGUUGCAAUCAACUGUGAAAAAUUUACUGAAACAUUAGUUAAGCUGAGUGUCCUGGUUGCCUAUGAAGGCUUGCCACUUCAUCUUGCACUGUUUCCCAAACUUUGGACUGAGCUAUGUCAGACUCAGUCCUCUAUGUCAAAAAACUGCAUCAAGCUUCUGUGUGAAGAUCCUGUUUUUGCAGAGUAUAUUAAAUGUAUCCUGAUGGAUGAAAGGACUUUUCUAAAUAACAAUAUUGUCUAUACAUUCAUGACACAUUUCCUUCUAAAGGUUCAAAGUCAAGUGUUUUCAGAAGCAAACUGUGCCAAUUUGAUCAGCACCCUUAUCACAAACUUGAUAAAUCAAUAUCAAAAUCUACAAUCUGAUUUCACCAACCGCGUUGAAAUUUCAAAAGCAAGUGCUUCUUUAAAUGGGGACCUGAGGGCACUUGCUUUGCUCCUGUCAGUACACACUCCCAAACAGUUAAACCCAGCUCUGAUCCCAACUCUGCAAGAGCUUUUAAGCAAGUGUAGGACUUGUCUGCAGCAGAGAAACUCACUCCAAGAUCAAGAAGCCAAAGAAAGAAAAACUAAAGAUGAUGAAGGGGCAACUCCUGUUAAAAGAAGGCGAGUGAGCAGUGAUGAAGAGCACACUGUAGACAGCUGCAUUGGCGACAUAAAAGCAGAUACCAGGGAAGUCCUGACGCCCACUAGCACCUCAGACAAUGAGACAAGAGACUCAUCCAUUAUUGAUCCAGGGACCGAGCAAGACCUUCCUUCCCCCGAAAAUGGCUCUGUCAAAGAGUAUCGGAUGGAAGGCCCAUCUUCAUUUUCAGAAGACGGGUCACAUAUCCGGUCACAGCAUGCAGAGGAGCAGUCUACCAGUGGCAGGUUUGAUGACUGUAAAGAGUUUAAAGACCUUCACUGUUCCAAGGAUACUACACUAGCUGAAGACGAAUCCGAAUUCCCUUCUACUUCCAUCUCCGCAGUUCUGUCUGACUUAGCUGAUUUGAGAAGCUGUGACGGUCAAGCUUUGUCCUCCCAGGACCCCGAGGCUGCUUUAUCACUCAGUUGUGGCCAUUCCAGAGGCCUCUUUAGUCACAUGCAGCAACACGACAUUUUAGAUACCCUGUGUAGGACCAUUGAAUCAACAAUCCAUGUGGUCACAAGGAUAUCUGGCAAAGGAAAUCAAGCUGCUUCUUGACAUUAGAUGUGGCAUGUCUACUUUCAAGUGCCCCUCCCCCAUGCCGUUUGUCUAAAUUUUGCUUAUUUGUUUUGUGCUUCAGUUUGUCCAGUGCUCUCUGCUUGAAUGGCAAGAUAGAUUUAUAGGCUUAAUUCUUGGUCAGGCAGAACUCCAGAUGAAAAAAUUUGCAUCUUCUGUAUACUUUCUAAAGGGCAAUCAGAUAAUGGAUAUGUUUUAUGUAAUUAAGAGUUCACUGUAGUGGCUUUCAUUUAAUAUGGCUUUCUGGGAGAAUCAGGGCUCUGACCCUGUACAACGUAAUUUAAACUUACAGCAUUUUUACUGUGUAUAAUAUGGUGUCCUCUGUGCCAGUUUUGUACCUUAAAAUAAGAGAGGCAGAUUGCCUCUGAUCGCUGUGGUUCUUAUUAUCAAAAUUAAGUUUACUUGUAUACGGAACAACCACAAGAAAUUUGAUUCUGUAAAGAAUCCUCUUUAGCUGUGGCCUGGCAGUAUAUAAAUGGUGCUUUAUUUAACAGAAUACCUGUGGAGGAAAUAAAGCACACUUGAUGUAAAAAUAACUGUUUUAUUUUUAUUGAAAUGACUGACUCUGUUCUGUGUACUUAAUUAAACUGACUGUGAUGACUUUC